CAAAAACUACGGAUCCCACAAUGCAAGAGCGCGGGCUCAGCGUACUGAGCAUGCUCUUUGCGGGACAGGCGGAUCGACUCAGCCGCGCUCACAAAUCGCCAUACUGGGAAACGGGGGUAGCUGUUGUGGGCGCUUGUGGCUGUUGCCGGCUGAAUCAGAAUGGGUGACAAGCCGAUCUGGGAGCAGAUAGGGUCCAGCUUCGUACAGCAUUACUACCAGCUGUUUGACACAGAAAGGUCCCAACUCGGAGCAAUAUAUAUCGAUGCGUCAUGCCUUACAUGGGAGGGACAGCAAUUCCAGGGAAAAGCAGCAAUUGUCGAGAAGCUCUCUAGCCUUCCCUUCUCGAAAAUUGCUCACAGCAUAACUGCACAGGACCACCAGCCCACUCCUGACAGCUGCAUACUCAGUAUGGUAGUAGGACAACUAAAAGCUGAUGAUGAUGCCAUCAUGGGAUUCCAUCAGGUCUUCCUCCUAAAAAACAUCAACGACGCUUGGGUGUGCACCAAUGACAUGUUCCGGCUGGCAUUACACAACUUCGGCUAAAGGCACUAAUGGGAGGUGGGAUACGGGGAGAAGGAGAAUGUCGCUCCCCACGCCCCCCUGUCCCACCCCUCCUCACCCCCCUCUCCCUCCAUGCAUACCUCUAUUGAGAAUCAACCUGCUCCAUGCCAGAUUCUAAAAUGCCAUUCACCAUACCCAACCAAUCGUCAGAAAGACCCUGGUGCAGGCACAUGCACCCGUUUGCGACAGGAAGCAUCCAUGGCCCUCUGCUGAAUCGCUGCAGCCGCGCCGGCAGGUCGAACCAGACCCAACGCUGUCCCUACCCUAUGUCGGGGAUCCAGAAUAGCUGCAUUUGAAGAGGCCAGGGGGAGGAAGAAAAAAAAAAAAAACUUACCUUGCAUACCUUUGUGUUAUUUUCUGUUUUUAUUUUGGUCCUGCAUUUGUUCUCCUAUCCUUCCUUAUCGUUCUGUUUUUUCUCCUAGUUCAGUGUGUUGUUACCAGCAUGCCUUUGAGGAUACAGCAGUUUUUCCUUCUCUUUCUCAAGUCUAAUUUUAAAUGUAUUGGCAGUUCUCUAGCAAUCCAAAGAAUCAAACAUCAUUAACCCCUCCUACCCUACAAUCCCCUUUCCCCUCUCCUCUUUUGUCCCAGGAUUACUACAAAGCCACGAUACACAAUAAAAUUGACUUUUUCUUAAUCGUGGAAUCUUAUUCUUCCUUCUGUUUUCUGAGUGUCUGUCUCUGGUUUGUCUACUUUUUCCACCCCCCCCUCCCUUUUUAAUCAAAGUUUUAUUAAUUGUUUUAGAACCCAUUUCACUUCUCACAGGGGAGAAUGCAAUACUUUUACUUGCGCUCUGGCUGUGUUGCACCUCUUUUUUGGUAAAGCCAUAAAGAGAGGUUUGGAAACUGCUGUUCUAGAGCCAAAUGGGUCUUGUUUAAUGUGUCUCGGCUCGAUUAGACUGCAUGAUUGGACUCCUUUACCUACAUAAUCCAAAAAAAAGAAAUGUUCCUGCCAAAAAGCUCCAUAACCUGAUCAGUUGUGUUUUUUUUUGCAUAGUCAUAAUGGACUGGAAUGUUGAGUCUGAGGUUUGUAUAUCCAGAGAUCUUAUGAUAGCCGUAUCUUUUAUGAUGUCAUGAAAUGUUCCAGAGGUGGGACCUAGAGACACUAUGCUCUUCUGCCACUGACUGCUGCUUUCAGAACUGAUUGGCUUCCAAAAACCACCGUCCAAUGACAGAGGGUGUACAUGAAUUACCAAUGGGUGGCAGCCCCGAGAAGCUCUGAAGGCAGUUUGUGGUGAUUUUAUUCAAUUUUCGGCCUCCCCCCUCCCUCAGUUCUAUCGACUCCGUAAUCGUUGCCCACUCUCCCAUAACUCAACCUCUUACCUUUUUUUUCGGCUUAUUUUUGGAGGCGGCUACUACUGGAUAGAUUCUUGAGUAAUGAACCCCUAGCUCAUUCUCAACUGACACAAUCCCACCGGUACCUGCCCCAAUUCAGAGUCUGGUAUAUUUUUAAAGACUUACGGGGCCUCUCUUUGGCACCACAAUCAUUAUACUGCCAGGGGUUCACCUGUUUCCUCCAAAUUACUGGAGUUUUUUCCUCUUUCUUACUGUAUGAUUAUACUAGUGACAAAUGAAGACACUCUUAAUGCACUGUACUGGUUCUCAAUGCUGUGUCCGCACUGCAGUUCAUGGGUGAGUGGGCAUGGAAUAUCCAUACUUCAUUGUAUCAAAACCGUGCGAGUGGUUUCUGUUACUGCCUCUUUUUGUAGUGUUUCUGCUGCUCAGUACACCAUGGAAGGAAAUAAAAGUGUUCAAAGAAA